GCAGGCGGUAGUUCAAAGAUUUGAUGUGACACCAUCAUGUGCCUCUGCUUUGACGAGGAUCCGUUCAAUGCCGAAUGAGCUGAGCGUGCACUACAGUGACCACUAUCCGGGAGCGCAGUCACGUCGCAGUCUGUGCUGAGAGUGACUCUGGGGACACCUCCCGGGGGAGCUGCCAUAUAAAACCAGUGGCUCGCUCCUCCCGGACAAAGUGAGGUCCAGCCUCGUCCCAUCAGCACGGAUGCUUCAGCACUUCAGCAUCCUCAGCCUCAGCUCAGCUUUAGCUCAGCGGAAUUAACGCAUCGGAUACGGGACGAAUCUGACCUUUCUUCCUGCUGUCCUCAGUAGCCAAUUGCACACUGCAUAGAAAAUCUAUACUAGAUUCCUGGGAGACCCACAAUGGCAAACAGAGGGCCCAGUUACGGACUGAGUCGAGAGGUGCAGGAGAAGAUUGAGCAGAAGUAUGAUCCUGACCUGGAGCAAAGGUUGGUCGAUUGGAUAAUUGCACAGUGUGGAGGAAACCUGGAGAAACCACAGCCGGGAAAGCAGAACUUCCAGAAAUGGCUGAUGGAUGGAACAAUUCUCUGUAGACUCAUCAACAGCCUUUAUCCGAGGGGGAAGGAACCCAUCAAAAAGAUCCCAGAGACUCAGAUGGCCUUUAAACAAAUGGAGAAGAUCUCCCAGUUCCUGCAAGCCGCAGAAGCUUAUGGAGUCACAACCACUGACGUCUUUCAAACUGUAGAUCUCUGGGAGGGAAAAGACAUGGCAGCAGUCCAAAGGACCUUAAUGGCUCUGGGGAGUUUGGCUGUCACCAAAGACGACGGUCAAUACAGAGGAGAUAGAGACUGGUUCCACAGGAAAGCCCAGGGGUACCGAAGAGAAUUCACCGAAGAGCAGCUACGCCAAGGACAGAGUUUAAUUGGCCUCCAAAUGGGCAGCAACCGUGGGGCUUCCCAGUCUGGUAUGACAGGCUAUGGCAUGCACCGUCAGAUCAUGUAGACCCAUUACUACCCUUGCUGUUCUGCUUCCAGUCCUUACUCUCUCCUAACACCACAAAUAUUGUAGCCCCAAAAACAUUCCUAAGCUUCGUAGCACCUGCCACGUUAACCUCAGUUUCCCUGAAAGUGCUACUUUUGCCAGACAAUGUUUUAUUCACACUUUGAAAAAAAUGAUGUCAGAUGCUGUAGCUCUCCUUCUUUGGACUCUCCUUCCCUUCCUCUCUCCCAGGUUCUCAUGUGCUGUUUCCUAACUAUCACUCUUAACUCCAUUUGGUUACUUUUCAGGUCCAGAUGUUUACUUUACGUGGAACUCAGUGUUUCAGCAUCGGUUUAGUCUUGCAAAGUGUUUGAUUAAAAUCUCUAUACAAUGUCAAAGUCAUCAGAGUUGUACAUAUAUUUACAGAAGUACUGUAAGCCACUGUUAGAGCAUGCUGUAUGCUAUGCAUUUUUAAUUAUCGACACACUCAUUUACAUUUCUUUGCUUGUUUUAGGAUGGUUACUGUUACCCUGUAAUUAUUUAGCCUUAAACCUAAUGGAACUUAAUGACUGACGAUGUCUCUGCUAUCUUGUCUGAAGACUUGUUGCAGUAUCCUCUGUAACCAAAUCAACCUCACGUGGUGCCUGGUUAUGGGACUACAAAGACUGGGUCCUGAUAUACUGGCCUCAAAUUAUAAAUGAGAGUCAUUCAUUCUGAGCCAUGCCCUUGUUAUUUGUUUGUUAGAUUACAUAUUGUACUGUGUCUCUUUUGUGCGCAACAAGCAAGUAAAUGUGCAGUAGCCAACAUGUACGACAGUGGAGUUUUCAUCUCUGAUGCCAGUUGAUUACACUGCUUGAAUGUGCCCUUUUAUGUGUAUUAUAUUUUUAAAAUAUAUUUAUAUCUGGAAGCCUGUAAGAAGAAUUAUUAAAAAAAAAUAAAGUACAG